AUAUAAAACGAAACGCUACCGUCAAGCAACUACCGUUGUGAAGAAAAUAUGGAAUACUGAAGCUCAUUAAGAGUUUGUAUCUUGUCUGUUAAGUUGAAAUAUGGAUAUUCCAGCUGAUGACCACUUAGUUGGGUUGGGUUUUGAUGUGGAUGCUUCGGUUGUAAAUAAGAAGAAAAAAUUCAAAUCGUUAAAAGCUAAACGGUAUAGGUUAUCUCAUAACAUCAAAGUUUCAGUAAUAAACAAGCAGAGCAAAAUACCUCGUCCCAUCUAUUCAUUUGGGAGCAAAUCCUGUCAGAUUAGUGACCUGAUUUCACAUAACUUGUCCGGGCUAGGAUACAAAACUCCAACACCCAUACAAUCCCAAAGCAUUCCGAUUAUGAUGCAGCACCGUAACCUACUUGCAUGUGCACCAACAGGUUCCGGGAAAACAGCAGCUUAUCUUCUCCCAGUGCUCACUCAGUUGCUAAAUACAAAUUCCUCUGGAAAUUCCGAGCCCAUUGACAAUAUAACUGAGAAGACAUCAUCGAAACAUAAAAUAUUCCCAUUUGCUGUGAUCUUGGCUCCAACUCAGGAACUAAUGCAUCAAAUUCGUUCCGAGGCUAUUAGGCUAUUUUCUGGAAUUCAAGCAGACUGUUAUAUAGCAACGUUGCACAAAAAGCAUUAUCUUGUUCGUUGCAGAAAGAAGGCAAAGAACGUUCCUGAAAAUAAUGUUUUAACAAUGAAAUCAAGAAAAGUUCGUGAAUUAAAAUUACCCUCCAGCACUAAAAUCCUCAUUUCUACACCUAGUCGACUAAGUACUCUAUUGUCUCUUCCACCAGAAUAUUGUCCCAUUGAUUUAUCCAGACUGUCUUGGCUUGUAGUAGAUGAAUGCGAUAAAAUGCUAGAAGUCAAUUUCAAUGAUAUAUCUUUUUCUAACACUGAACAUGGUAACAAGGCAAAACACCGACCUCGAGGAUUUCAUAAUCAAGUUGCGCCUAUUUUUGAAUCUAUUCAGAAAGUAAACCUCACUGGACAAUCAAUUAAGAGACCUACAGUCGCUUUGUUUUCGGCUACUGUUCCUGAUGAAGUUGUUUCAUGGGCACGAAAUCAGUUACCUGUUCUCUUAAAAUCGGACGGUCCGGAAUAUGAGUUAAUUCAGUUACGAGUAGGUAUCCGAAAUGCUGCUGUUUCUACUGUCAAACAAGAGUUACGUUAUUGUGCUACAGAACAGGGAAAACUGUUAGAGAUGCGUUAUCUACUGGCUGAUGGACUAGCUUAUCCAUGUUUAAUUUUUAUGCAGUCUCGAGAUAGAGCCAAUGAAAUACUUAAGGAAAUUCUAUUGUCUGAUGCAGAUAUUCUUGCGAAUGUUAUUUCAAGUGACAAAACAGAAGCACAAGUAUGUAUACAUUUUUAGGGAGAAAUUUUUAUGUUAAAGCUUAUUUUCCUGCUUGGUGAUGACUGUAGUAGCAGUGUAGUGUGUGCUAUUUGUGCUGACAGAUAUAAGUAGUAUGUAGCCGCAAUAGGAAAUGGAAUGCCUGGCAGCAGCACAUUGAAAUAACGAGAACAGAAGGAAAUCGACGAGCAAUCGAAAUAACAACAGAAUUAGAGGAAUAGUGGAGUAUGUAAGGGACAAUGCAAAGAAGCUGUGUGAACGACGUAUUUAAUGUAUGAUUUUCAUAUUUUACAAGAGUGCUGUGUGAUUUUACAUUAAAUAGUUUUCUUUCACUGCAGUAGUAGUCACAAAAUAUUCAUUACAAUGUGAAAUUAUUAAAAAGAUCCUUUUUGAAAGUUCAUGCCCUAUAGUUUGGUUUAUUCAUGGUUUUCUUUGGUUAUACAGUUUCUAUUUCUUAUAUAAGAACUUAAAGUAGCAUGUGAUAGUUAGACCUAAUGUCUUAUCUAGCCACCUUGAAAAAGUACAACUGAACACUUAGAAGCAAAUAUAGCUAAAUUCCACUCAGUCAUAUAUUUGUAGAUGAGUUACUUAGUAAUUGGGGGAAUUUAACUUUUUGUAGACUUUAUGUUUGUUUAUUCACAAUUGAUUUUGGUUUGUAACGAUCAGUUUAUCACUUCUGCAGAUGUUCUAUUUGGUUUCUUGCUUUAUCACUGAUCCUUAUUAACAUGUUUAGGUAUCCUUUGAAUAAAGGUAAUGGAAAGUACUGUUCGCCGUCAACCCAACCACUCACCCAAGAAGAAGGUUAAGUCAUAGUAAGAAAAUGUGUAUAGUAUUAAGUAGAGAAAAACACUGUCACAAUAUCUCUGUGUAUAAAUGAUAAAUGACUUUGGACAAGUUAAAUGUGAAGAAGUACUAGAAUAUGUCCUAUUAAUUUUAUCUGGUAUACAUUUACGUACUCAACUUUGGGUCGCAUAUUUUUACAAGGCGCGUUGACGCUACUUUACUAUCCAGACCAAAAUAUAUCGAGUAAGCGGCGUCGAACCUGCGACCUAACAAUUGGAAGUUCAGUGCCUUGACAAUUUAGCGACUUCCAUGACGAAAAGUUAACACGAUAAAUCGCAUAUUCGUGGUAUAAAAGUUAUAGUUCUAUCAAAUGUUAUUUAAUACGCAAGUCAAUGGAAUGGUUAUAAUUUGUUGCUUUUUAGCUACUUAGUAGAUUCGAUGAAGUUUCCUUUUUUUUUAAAGCGUGCCAGUGUGAUUCGCGCUUUCCGUGAGGGACAGCUUCAUGUUCUUAUUUGCACGGAUCUGUUGGGUCGUGGAAUAGACUUUAAAGGUGUCAGUAUGGUAGUCAAUUACGAUGUUCCUCCGUUAAAACAAGAAUAUAUACAUCGCGUCGGUCGAACUGGCCGAGCUGGUCACCAUGGACGGGCUAUUACCUUGUGGACUGAUUCUGAUCUACCGCAUAUGGAUGGGAUAUUAUCUGUGAUGAAAAGGAGUGGUUCUGAAGUCGAUGAAGAACUCGAAAGACUUGUGAAUGAAUGGAAGAAACGGCGGGUAAAUCUUAUGUGUAAGCAAUCAAGGGCUGAUAGGAAACAACUUCUAGACAGUUCGAUUAGUCGUCGGCGUGGUGAAAGACGCCUUGCUUAUAAGUUGCUUAAAGACUGUAACAAAGAAAAGAAUGCAGAAAAUGUUGAUAUUCACGAUAAGAGCUCGUGGUUUAGGCCAUGGAAUCCUUACAGAGGUCGUAUAAGUGAAGUACCCGGUGCGCUAAGCAAAAAACGCAAGAUUGAAUAGUAGAUUUGUAAUGUGAAAUUACUUUCCUUAAUCAUCCAAUUCAAAGAUAAAUUAUCCAU